AUGCCAUGCUAUGCGUUAGAUAUGACAACUGCAAAAAGCAAAGAUCGGGAGACUUCAAGAGACAAAGAGCAUCAGCCGGAAUGGGGGAGGGACAGAUGCCGGUGCGUGUGCUUAUAUACAUCUGAGUGCAGCGAGACACAAGAGUGUAUUCCACCCCGGCUCUAUAAAACUGGCCAGGUGACAAGCUGGGCUGGGGUACACUCUGGAGGUCUCCAGCGACAUAAGCAACACAACAUUUUUUUCGCUGCUUCUAUUCUGGCCUAUAGCAAUUUUGCAGGCUGGGAUACCGAUGCCGGCGUCAAACAUUCUUGCACUUAA